CAUGUGUAUGUGUCCCAGACGUGUUUGACAAGAGGGCUUGCUGUUGACCUCCUAGAUAAGAUGAACAACCCAGACAACCACCAGCAUUACAGUGAGGUGGACGACGAUGACCUUGAGCCCAUCUCUGCAGUCAGACACACCAUCCGCUCCACCAACAAACACGCCAGAGCUGAGAGGACACGCUCAGAGAUAGACUCAAACUAUGGGACAGACCAAGGAGGGCCAUGCUCAAGUCCUAGCUUCACUGAGGGACACAGGGGGGAUGCAGUUGACAAAGUCCAGUUUGAACCACCACUACGGAAGGAAACGGAGGCUCAUUCUGAAAUGGAUGUGAAUAAAGAUAAUGACUUCCCUUCCCCCUGGAGUCCCUUUGCAGAGGGAGGAAUAACAACCAGGGGACACAUCGCCCAUCUUGAAGAUGCCUUUGAAGAAGUAGAGCUGUCAACCCUCAAGCCAGGGUUUCCUCCUCCUCUGCCCCCAAAGCCACGAUUAAACAGCUCAUCAGAGGAGCUUGGCCUUAAUGAUGAGAGGUCUGUGACAGUUCGGAGGUUCCCUAACUCCGAGAACGGAGCAAGCCAGGUUGUUCGCAGACAGAGCACACCUGAGCAGGGCACCAAGGUCGAGCACUCGUCUUCAGAUUUCCUCUCUGCCAGCGUCAGCAGCCCCGGCCUUUUGUCUCACGCCUCUGAUCCUGAUAAUGAUUCGGAUGACGGUGUGAAUGGAGACAGUUCCAAGCCACCGCCAAACCAACAGCAACGGAAGGAGAAAAAGGAAUUCCCUAAACCCGCUAUCAAUGGUCUGCCACCCACUCCAAAAGUACUGAUGGGAGCCUGUUUCUCUAAAGUAUUUGAUGGCUGUCCACUGAAGAUCAACUGUGCCACAUCAUGGAUUCAUCCAGACACCAAAGAUCAGUACCUAAUCUUUGGGACGGAGGAUGGCAUCUAUACGCUGAAUCUUAAUGAGCUGCAUGAAGCCACAAUGGAGCAGCUGUUCCCGAGGAAAUGUACAUGGCUGUACGUUAUCAACAACAACCUGAUGUCUUUAUCUGAAGGGAAAACCUUCCAGCUGUACUCCCACAAUCUCAUUGGGCUGUUUGAGCAGCUGAAGAAGCCCGGCCUGGCUGCUCAGUUCACAACUCACCGCUUCCCAGACAAAAUCUUACCUAGGAGGUUUGCCUUGACAACUAAGAUCCCCGACACAAAGGGCUGUCACAAGUGCUGCAUUGUGAGAAAUCCUUAUACAGGCCACAAGUACUUGUGUGGAGCGCUUCAGUCUGGGAUUGUCCUGUUGCAGUGGUAUGAGCCCAUGCAGAGGUUUAUGCUCAUCAAGCACUUUGACUUCCCUCUUCCCAGCCCAUUGAAGGUGUUUGAGAUGCUGGUGGUCCCAGAGCAGGAGUAUCCCUUGGUGUGUGUGGCCAUCAGCCAGGGCACAGAGCCGGGCCAGGUGGUCCGCUUUGAGACCAUCAACCUCAACUCCUGCUCCUCCUGGUUCACAGAGAUGGGAACAACUAAUCAACAGGUGGAUGCAAUCCAUGUCACCCAGCUGGAGAGAGACACAGUGUUGGUGUGUUUGGACCAAAAUUUGAAGAUUGUUAAUCUUCAGGGCAGACUGAAGUCCAACAAGAAGCUAGCAUCUGAGCUCAGCUUUGACUUCUGCAUCGGAACUGUUGUGUGCCUUCAGGACAGCGUCCUGGCCUUCUGGAAACAUGGCAUGCAGGGAAAGAGUUUCAAGUCUAAUGAGGUGACCCAGGAGAUUUGUGAUCCAAGCAGAGUUUUCCGCCUCCUUGGAUCUGACAGGGUGGUGGUUUUGGAGAGCCGACCCACAGACAACCCCACGGCCCUCAGCAACCUCUACAUUUUAGCAGGUCAUGAGAACAGUUACUGAGCCGCUGCCGGAGAUCUGACGGAUCUUAGAAAAGUGGAUAAGAUGCCUCACUUUUGGGAGAAAACUCCAGAGCUCCACCAUAAGGUUGUGUGUGAAGGGAAACGUCUGUUUUACAACACAUUUUUGUUACUGAUCAUGGGAUUGACAGGUCAGUAAGAGAGGAGCCUCUUCAGUCUUGAUUCAUGACUAGCCUUACACCAGCAACAUGUUCACUGUAGCUCCACUCAUCACAAACGACGAGGAAACUGUUAUGAGAGAAAAACAAUAAAAGCCCAAAAUGAACAUUGUUAAUUAGAAUUUUCUCACUUUUCUGUAUUGUGGACUGAGUUAUCUAGAGGUAUUAUUGACAUAAAGUGCCAUUAAAAUUCACAAGAAUUUGUGAUUGUAUUAGCAAACAAUGGGAGAUUUAUUGUUGUUGUCAGUAACAUAUCACUCAUAAUUACUGUCAGUGGCAAAUGUCAGGCUUGAGAGGAGAUUUUACUCUGUAGUCAAACUAAUAGAUCAGUUUAAACAGAAACCUGCGAGCUUUGUGGGUUAUUUAAGCAAUAUUUAUUAACUUCAUGUUAAGUAAUAAGGUAUGUUUGAUUUACAGAUCAUGUUAACAGUUACAGUGCAGUCCUGCUGUGGGAGGAUUACCUACCUAGUGAACUGCUCCUGAGUAGCUUUGGGUUCUUUUUACGGCUAUGUAAUAUAGUCACAUCUCUCCUGCUCUGCUGCAUUUUUAGAAGUUGAAUAUAAUGUACAUUUUUUUCUUUACCUUCCUCUUUUUAUAGACAUUUUACUCCUCAUUAUUUGCACCAUGUAAGCACUUUUGUACAUUUUUUUUUAAUUUAAAAUAAAAUGACAAAAUGAGGGACAAUGCUAGGUUUGUUAACAUCUUUGCAUUCCCUUCGCAAAAUGUUUAAUGUAUGCUGUUUUUGUAAUAAAAAAGCUUUUGUUAACAAGAUGACA